AAACAGCAGCAUCAUCCCCCAGUAAUUCCGCUCCCGCUGUGGUGCCCAGACCACAAAAGCAGCGGAGACGAGAUGAUGACAUUGUUGAGGCCACCUGCGGUCACCUGCGGCCACCUGUGGUCACCUGCGGCCACCUGCGGCCACCUGUGGUCACCUGCGGCCACCUGCGGCCACCUGCGGCCACCUGCGGUCACCUGCGGCCACCUGCGGCCACCUGCGGCCACCUGCGGCCACCUGCGGCCACCUGCGGUCACCUGCGGCCACCUGCGGUCACCUGCGGCCACCUGCGGCCACCUGCGGCCACCUGCGGUCACCUGCGGCCACCUGCGGUCACCUGCGGCCACCUGCGGUCACCUGCGGCCACCUGCGGUCACCUGUGGUCACCUGCGGCCACCCGCGGCCACCUGUGGUCACCUGCGGCCACCUGCGGCCACCUGCGGUCACCUGCGGCCACCUGUGGUCACCUGCGGCCACCUGCGGCCACCUGCGGUCACCUGCGGCCACCUGCGGUCACCUGCGGCCACCUGUGGUCACCUGCGGCCACCUGCGGCCACCUGCGGCCACCUGUGGUCACCUGCGGCCACCCGCGGCCACCUGUGGUCACCUGCGGCCACCUGCGGUCACCUGCGGCCACCUGUGGUCACCUGCGGCCACCUGCGGCCACCUGCGGUCACCUGCGGCCACCUGUGGUCACCUGCGGCCACCCGCGGCCACCUGUGGUCACCUGCGGCCACCUGCGGUCACCUGCGGCCACCUGUGGUCACCUGCGGCCACCCGCGGCCACCUGUGGUCACCUGCGGCCACCGGCGGCCACCUGCGGUCACCUGCGGCCACCUGUGGUCACCUGCGGCCACCUGCGGCCACCUGCGGUCACCUGCGGUCACCUGCGGCCACCUGUGGUCACCUGCGGCCACCUGCGGCCACCUGCGGUCACCUACGGCCACCUGUGGUCACCUGCGGCCACCCGCGGCCACCUGUGGUCACCUGCGGCCACCUGCGGCCACCUGCGGCCACCUGCGGUCACCUGCGGCCACCUGCGGCCACCUGCGGUCACCUGCGGCCACCUGCGGUCACCUGCGGCCACCUGCGGUCACCUGCGGCCACCUGCGGCCACCUGCGGUCACCUGCGGUCACCUGCGGCCACCUGCGUCCACCUGCGGCCACCUGCGUUCACCUGCGGCCAUCUGCGGUCACCUGCGGUCACAAGCGUGUCGCUGGCAGUACUCAUCUAG